AUGAAAAAUCAAAAUUCAAGAAUAUUACUAAUACUUUUGAUUGUUUCUGUAUUUGUAAACAUCAAAGGAAAGGCUGUUGUGAGAAAAGGUGGUUAGUGUUCCUGUGAAUAGAUUUUAUAUGAAGAGGAAUGCUUAAUAAAUACAGAUUGCUAAUUUAAAAAUAAUAAAUGCACUACCAUACCCUGUGAAUCAUACAGUGAGGAUAAUUGUAAUAUUUUACGUAAAUGCGCAUUGGUAAAUGAUAAAUGUGUCAAGUUUGAAUCAUGUUCAUCUCAUAAUGCCAAAACCAAGAUAGACUGCUAGAGAUUACAUUUGACUUGUUAAUUUAAUGAAAUAGAUCAAACUUGCAAAGAUAUUAAAGAUUUGUAUGGCACAUGUUCUGAAUCAUUGCUUUCAGGUUGCCUUUAAGCCAAAGAAGGUAAUUGUGUAAUAAAAGAUGGAAAAUGUUAAUAAAUGACCUCAUGUGACGAUGCAAAUCAAGAUCUUCUACGUUGUAUUUUAGCUUUGCCAGCAUGUUUCCCUAAUCCUAAUGAUACUACUAUGGUGUGUGAAACUAUUGAUAAAUGCAGUCGUAAUAGUUUCAAUAUUUGUUAUAUGGCUUAAGAGAAGAUCAAUAGUUCCAAUAUGUUACUUUGCUCUUAAACUAGUAACGGAUGUGCUGACUUUGAUCCAAGUAUUUAAACACAAGAAACCUGUGCUCUUAAAUCAGUAUUUUAUUAUCNAUUGUCUCUCAGAAUUUUCAUUGUAAUUUUUAGUUUUCAAAAUUUUUAACAAUUUUCUGACAAAUGACUUAGAGGAUAUAAUUUUUCAUUUACUUAAAAACAUUUUUAUAUUUAUUGGACUUUUAAUUGUUUAAUUGAACUUUGAUUUUAACAUUAUAAAAUUUGCGUUCUUCUGAAUUAAGUGCUUUAACUAAAAUUCGGUCCUUCACAACCAAUAAGAAGAUAUGAUUGCUUAUUUCUCACAAUAAUUA